GCCGAGCCGGUCACCGUCAGAUCGAGUUAACCGGCGAAGGAGAGAAGUACAGAGAAACCCGGUGGAUUUUAACGACCUGAGCGAACAUUUUGACGCGAAGUUACUUCAGUCCGUGCUGGAUUUUACAAGAAACAUGACUUUUGAGGAGCUAAACGCAGAUUGUUCUGUCGAAAGGAUGGAUUCUGUGUCCAAAGCUCUUGAGGAGGUCCUCAGCGCCGCCUUACUCCAAGGCUGCAUCACAGUCGGGGUGUAUGAAGCUGCAAAGUCACUAAAUGUGGACCCUGACAACGUCGUGCUUUGCAUCCUCGCCACUGACGACGAGGACGUCAAAGACGUCGCCCUCCAGAUUCACUUCACUUUGAUCCAGGCUUUCUGCUGUGAGAAUGACAUCGACAUCCUGCGGGUAAACAACACCAGGCGCUUGGCCGAAAUCCUCGGCGGGGGCAAGCAGGGAGGAGAGCAGAUGGACUUCCACUGCGUCCUGGUCACUAGCCCACGCACAUCUACAGCGAAGAACCAGGCGCUGUGGAAGGUGAACCACUUCUGCCACGAGAGCCGCUGCAUGGAUCAAUGGGUGCCUGUUAUUAACCUUCCAGAACGAUGAGGAAAGUCAAGACCUUCAAGAGAAAACUUGGGGAAAACCGCAAAAAAACAACCCAAGAAAAUGGAAAAUGUAUUGAAAAUGCACUAAAAAAGGCCCGUCCUCCUUGUAGGGCAGAUUCAGGAACUAGACGUCAGCGUGGAGGAGGGGCGUUCGUCUCUGGUGACCAGUCAACAUGACUCAGCAAGUUUUUGUUUUUGCUUUCGAGGCAGUCAGGAGACUGAAAUCACCUUUAGCUGGAGAAACACAGCAAACUCUGACCUAAAUCAAGAAUCGAAGGUGAGCACCAGAGGCACCGAAGGAUUUCUCCUGAGGAACUUUUUGUGUUUUGAACAAAACCAAAACGACCUGGCAUCCGAAGACAGAGGAUGUGGGCACCAAUACCGAACCGAACUUGUUUGAAAACUCAACGUUCGUUUUUUCAGGAAACUUCUUGGUUAUUCGUAGUGUUGCUUCUACAGUGUGUUAACAUUUUAUUAUUGUUAAUGAGAUGUGUUUAUGAAAAGGGAAGGGCAUCUGAACCACUGAAAUACAAAGGAACUACUUUCACAACUUUUUUCCUGUAACAGCUGUUUCGUUCUUACUUAAGUUAAUUGUUUAUUUUACAGUCCUUUUAAAUUAUUUCAUUAUAUUAAUUUAAGAUAAAAAUGUAUUUAUGUUAAAAGUUUUUAUACUAUGACCUGCGAAUGGUACAGAUGUAUUUUGUGAUGCAAUAAAGUAUAUUUUGAAAACAGAAA